ACAUAUAUGUAUAGUGAAGAACUUUAUCUUUAGAGUGGGGUUAGUUAAGAAAAAAUUAGUCAUUUUUAUGCGGGUUUUUACAUUGUAUCGUUCUUUUGUAAUAUGCCUUAAGUGGGGCUGUGCAUUUUGAUGAGUAAAUAUGGGUCAAAAGGUUUCACGAACUGAUUUUGAAUGGGUUUACACAGAAGAACCCCACGCGUCUCGUCGCAAAAUAAUUUUGGAAAAGUAUCCUCAAAUAAAAAAACUAUUUGGAUAUGAUCCAAAAUUCAAAUGGGUUGCCAGUAGCAUGGUAAUGUUACAAAUCUUGGCAUUGUUUUUUGUAAAGGAUUUUUCUUGGCUUUUAUUAUUAAUAGCAGCUUAUUGUUUCGGAGGUAUAUUAAACCAUUCGCUUAUGCUGGCGGUACAUGAAAUUUCACAUAAUUUGGCUUUUGGACACAGCCGUCCUAUGCAUAACCGCAUUUUGGGCUUUAUAUGCAACCUUCCCAUAGGAUUACCCAUGUCAAUAUCUUUUCGUAAAUAUCACCUGGAGCACCAUAGAUACCAAGGAGACGAGGGUAUAGAUACCGAUAUUCCUACUUUAUUAGAGGCUAAGCUGUUUGAUACAACUUUUGGAAAGUUUGUUUGGGUUUGUUUACAACCAUUUUUCUACAUAUUUCGACCAUUAGUCAUAAAUCCAAAACCACCCACCGGACUUGAAAUUAUCAACACUAUUAUUCAGCUUAUUUUUAACACAUUUGUCGUUUAUUUCUUCGGAUGGAAAGCACUAGCUUAUUUAGUGAUCGGUUCUAUACUGGCAAUGGGUUUACAUCCUGUGGCCGGACAUUUUAUUUCGGAGCACUAUAUGUUCGCAAAAGGUUUCGAAACAUACUCAUAUUAUGGACCUCUGAAUUGGAUAACAUUUAACGUGGGAUAUCAUAACGAACAUCACGAUUUUCCUGCUGUUCCAGGCUCGAGGCUGCCUGAUGUAAAACGCAUCGCUCCCGAAUUUUACGAUACAAUGCCCCAACAUACGAGCUGGUCACGAGUACUUUAUGAUUUUGUUACCGAUCCUGCUGUUGGUCCAUACGCUCGUGUCAAACGUCAUCAGCGAGGACUCAAAACAUAAAACUUAAUUUAAUAAAAAUUUAAAGAAAAAUUUUGCAUAUAUUCACAACAUAUUGAAAAUAAUCCUCUAUAUGAAAUAAUGAAAACAACGUCAUUUAUUUUAUGUGCAUUCGUUGGUAUAAUAUUUGUGUUUUUAGAACAAGGCAAACUGAACUAGUUCGUAAAAUGGUAUUAGUCUUUGAUGUAUUAUUUUCAUUAAGUAUUUUAAAAUAUUGCAAUUUAGAACAAAUAUUGCUGUAAAAAAAUUUUUGUUGCAUCAAAUAACUUGUCCUUUUUAAAAUAUAGGCUUAUCUAAACUAAAACCAAAUAUUUGCAUCCUGUUUAAACGUAGAAUGACUCUACUUAAAUGUAAUAAGACACAAACUCUAUUAAUUCUAUAAGCAUAAACUAAGAGGCCAUUUCUAAAAACCGUUUAAAAAUAAAAUUUUUAUAUCUACGCAUGUAUAAA